CCAUGUGGGCCAGUGAAGAAGAAGAAGAAGAAGAAGAAGAAGAAUGGCACUUUCAUUCAUUUCAGCUAGUAGGCUAUAAUGUUCUAAAGUUACUGAUGCCUGUGGAAUGCCACAUUAAAGCAAAGGCGCGCUCCAAUCAGGAGCCAGUCUCCAUGGAAACAGGCGUGUACGUAAUCACCAGUGCAGGUAAAACCCGAAAGGUAAGGCUCAGCAGUGUGUGUGGGACACAGGGAAAUUUACUACAGGCAUGGAAUUUUUUUGCAGAAGGACCAGUUGUAGAUCUUGACAACACAGGCGUGUAAUGAAAUUUUAUUUGAUUUCUUUUUGAGUUUUGAUUUGUGUUGAUUUCUUUCUUCCCCUUACCAUCUGGACUUUACACAGCAAGUGACUGUAAAAGAAGAGUACAACACAUAUAAAUUUUAAUUUUUUUUUCCUUCCAGAGUGAAAAAAUGGUCUUUUUACUUAACUCGAAAACAAUUUUUAUCUUUUUAAUAUCAUGGUCCCUGCUGGCAUUGCUGACUGCUGGAGCGGUGCCUUCAUCGACAACAAGCAGCUCUCCAUCUCAACAUCCUCCACAGAAACCGGUACCCGACGCGCCCCACUCGCUUCCUGCGCCUGAGAAAACCAAUCUCCCCGUGUUUGUUGUAAAUUACCCUUACGUUCAGAUUCCGUUCGAGAUAACAUUAUGGGUGUUACUUGCUUCAUUUGCGAAAAUAGGUUUCCAUGUGUACCAUAAAAUUACAAUAUGGAUACCAGAGACCUGCUUGCUGAUUGCUGUUGGGCUUAUAGUGGGAGGUAUCAUGCACUCUGUACACGAGGAGCCCCCAGCUGUCCUCACCUCCAGUGUCUUCUUCCUCUACAUGCUGCCACCCAUCGUUCUGGAUUCGGCCUACUUCAUGCCCACUCGGGCCUUUUUUGAGAAUGUGGGCACGGUGAUGUGGUUUUCUGUCGUGGGGACCUUGUGGAACUCCAUUGGUGUCGGCAUCUCUCUUUUCGGUAUCUGCCAGAUCCAGGCCUUCGGCAUUCAGGAUAUCACCAUGCAAGAAAACCUGCUGUUUGCCUCCAUUAUUGCAGCUGUGGACCCCGUGGCAGUGCUCACUGUGUUUGAGGAUGUCAACAUCCAUGAGCAGCUUUACAUUGUGGUGUUUGGCGAGUCCUUAUUUAACGAUGCUGUCACUGUGGUGCUAUAUAAUCUCUUUAAUCAUGUGGCGAUCUUGCCAGUGGUGGAUGUGGCAGAUGUGUUUCUGGCUGUGGCACGCUUUUUUGUGAUAUUCCUCGGGGGAAUUUUCUUUGGCUUCCUGUUUGGCUUUGUGGCCGCAUUUACUACACGCUUUACAUGGAAGGUGAGAGAGAUCGAGCCUCUCUUCAUUUUCAUGUAUAGCUACCUGGCCUACCUGCUGGCUGAGCUGCUAUCUGUCUCCAGCAUCAUGGCCAUUGUGACCUGUGCCUUGACCAUGAAGUACUAUGUGGAAGAGAAUGUGUCCCAGCGCUCGUGCACCACUAUCCGGCACACCAUCAAAAUGCUUGGCACUGUGUCAGAGACACUUAUCUUCUUCUUCCUGGGUGUUGUUACCAUAACAACAGACCAUGAGUGGAACUGGGGUUACAUCUUCUUUACUCUGCUCUUCGCCCAACUCUGGAGGACUCUAGGUAUCCUGGUAAUGACACAGAUAAUUAACCCCUUCCGCACCAUCCCCUUCAACUACAAGGACCAGUUUGGUCUGGCCUAUGGUGGCCUUAGAGGGGCUGUAACUUUUGCAUUAGCUUUCACCCUUCCAGAAACUAUUCUUCGUAAAAAACUUUUUGUCACCACCUGCAUUGCUGUAAUUAUCUUCACAGUCUUCAUCCAGGGUAUCAGUAUGAGGCCAAUUAUUGAACUGAUGAAUGUUAGAAAGACAAACCGGGAUCACUGCACCAUUAAUGUUGAGAUUCACAAAAGGUUGAUGGAACAUACCAUUGCAGGGAUAGAGGAUCUCUGUGGGCAAUGGAGCCACCACUCAUUAAAAGACAGGUUUAUGAGGUUUAAUAACCGUUACCUUCGUAAGAUUUUGAUCCGUGAUGACCGGGCUGAGUCGAGCAUUGUGGCCCUUUAUAAAAAACUGGAGCUUCAAAAUGCUAUGGAGAUCUUGGACUCGGUAUCUGGUGACAUUAGUGCAGAACAAAUCAAAUCACUGAAUGAGGAGAACAAGUUUGAUAAACCCAAGAAGACACUGCUGACAACAGAUCUCGUAGCCAUGCAUGAAAUUCUGUCAAAGAACAUGUAUAAGAUCAGAGAACGGACGGUAUCCUACACCAAUAAACAUGCCCUUCCUAAUGACACCAGAGACAGAGAGAUCCUGAUGAGGCGACACACCAGCAUCCGACGCAGUCUUAGACCCAGAAGACUCCAAAGCUUGGAGGCUGCUGGGGCUCCAAAAUAUUUUUCUCUUCCUGUGGGUCAGAGUCUGAACUCCCGAUUUGCUACAGAAAGACUAAACACCAAUGGUGAUGCUGACAUUGAGAUAAUACCUAGCCACCCAUCAGCGAGGAUCAGGUUUAGGCAGCCUUCAUGGACCCCCUCCAUGCCAAUGACACCUCUGAGGAAGCUGGAGCCCUUUAAGGAGACCGUGGUAGAUGAGAUAAGCAAGGAGCAAAAGGGGUAUGGCUCAUCAAGAAGCUCCAGCGCCACAUCCUCCAGGCUCUCAGCUCCACAUUGGCGCACCCAUCACAGGACCAGAGACUAUGAGCAUGAGAGAGAAGAGCAGCACACUGUAUCUCCCCCUACUGUAUGGAGCCCAGAGCCUCCUGAGCGAGGCACUGGUGAGGCACGAAACCCUCUGCUACAGAGACCUCAGUGGGAGCCACAGGAUCAACGAGGCCAGCAGAAGUGAGAGUCAUGUCAGAUGUUAACCAAACUAUGUGGCUGGUAUGAUAUGAGGAAACAUACACUACUGUUCCUGGGCCAAUAAAAAAAAAAAAAAAAAAACGGAAUAACUGGAUUAAGUCAGAAAUGGCGUGACUCAUUAACUCAUAUAGAAC